GGAGACACACUCCCCUAACCGUGUCCUGACACCUCUGGAGUUUAGGCAAGGGCUUUCCAGCUCUACUUGUCCUGCAUCUUCUCCAGGAUAGGCACAAUCAUGUCAAACUUGGGCCGCUUAGCAGGGUCUUCAUUCAUGCAGAUCUUCAUGAGCUUACACACAUGGGGGGAAAUGCCUGGUGGGAUAGUAGGCCGAAGGCCUUCCAGUGCCACCUGCAGAUACAGGAAAAAAACAAAAUGGGUCUCAGAACUUCUAAUAUCCUGUGAGGAGAGGCCUCUAGUCCUCAGGAAAGGAUUACUGUAUAUUUGAACAAAUAUGGGAAGAGCCCAGCCCUGCUAUAGUUGUUGUCACCACCACUACCAUUCCUUCAACAUAAGUGCAUACAGUUGUUCUCUCACCUUCAUUCCAAUCUCCAUGUUGGAGAGGUCAGCAAAGGGUACCUCCCUCGUCACCAGUUCCCACAGAAGCACUGCAAAACUCCACAUAUCUGCUGAGCGUCUGUUUGUAUCUUCAGGCUUCUUCUGCAGGGCUGGAGGAACAGAACUUAACUGUUCCAGCUGCCUGUCCUGUCUCUGCCCCCUUCCAUUGCUACUGAGCUGGCCCUUCUCUACCUCCCAACAUGAGGCCCUCACUCACCUUCAGGGGCCACCCAGGCAGGUGCAUACAUGCGCCCAGGGCAUUGGAAGGAGAACUUGACGUCGGCCAUGCUGAUUCGGGCAGUCAUGUCCUCAUCAAUCUGAGGAAGAGAAGAUAGAUAUGUGCAAGGAGGGCUCCAAGCACCGGCAGCUCUUGGCCACAUUACGGGCCCUGGAAGCAGCAUCUCUUCCCCAGCAACCCCCUAGCCUGCCCAGCAGUGACUCUGAGGAGGAUGUGGUGGAAAGGAAGAAGAAACGCCCCAAAAAGGCAUCAUCUGCCAGCACUUCUAUUGAAGUAAAGAAGAGGAAGAGAUGUCAAAAACAGGGCCCGCCUGGCAGUGAGUAUGAAGAAAAGGAAGUAGAAAGGAAGAAAAAGUGCCUCAAAGGGGUUUUCAAUGCCAAUGACUCUGCCAAAGAACAGAAAAGAAAGAAGAAAUGCCAGAAGCAGGUCCCCUCAAGCCCUACCCAGCACCUGGAUGAUGAUAACCAAACAGGUCCCAAAGCUUGGAAGAGUAGCACUACAAGUGACCUAUCCAAGCCAAGUCCUGGAACCACUUCUAACCCUCCCCAGACCUUGAGCCGUAAGCAGUGGCGGAACCGGCAAAAGAACAAACGGAGACAUAAGAACAAGUUUCGGCCACCUCAGCCAUUGGACCAGGCUCCAGCCACAGCCCCAACAGAGGAGGCAGAGAUGCCUCCUGCCCCCAGUCCAGAUAACCAUGAGGAUCGGGCCGGGGCUCUGCGAGCCCGCAUGGCCCAGAGGCUGGAUGGUGCCCGAUUUCGCUACCUCAAUGAACAGCUAUACUCAAAGCCUAGCAGUGCCGCACAGCGCCUCUUUCAGGAAGACCCUGAGGCUUUUCUCCUGUACCACCGUGGCUUCCAGAGCCAAGUCAAGAAGUGGCCACUGCAGCCAGUGGACCACAUCGCCAGGGAUCUUCGCCAGCGGCCUGCGUCCCUGGUGGUAGCUGACUUCGGCUGCGGGGACUGCCGCCUGGCUUCAAGUAUCCGGAACACUGUGCACUGCUUUGACUUGGCGUCUCUGGACCCCAGGGUCACUGUGUGUGACAUGGCUCAGGUGCCUCUGGAGGAUGAGUCCGUGGAUGUCGCAGUGUUCUGCCUUUCACUGAUGGGAACCAACAUCAGGGACUUCCUAGAGGAGGCAAAUCGAGUGCUGAAGCAAGGGGGUCUCUUGAAAGUGGCUGAAGUCAGUAGCCGCUUUGAAGACGUUCGGACCUUUCUGGGGGCUGUGACCAAACUGGGCUUCAAGGUCAUCUCCAAGGACCUUACCAACAGCCACUUCUUCUUGUUUGACUUUGAAAAGACUGGGCCUCCGCGGGUAGGGCCCAAGGCUCAGCUCACAGGCCUGAAGCUUCAGCCAUGUCUCUACAAGCGCAGGUGACCUCUGGGCCCACCUUGAAAGGGGAAGCAAGUCUUGAACUCCAGGCUCAGAACUCUGAAGACUGUAUCCAGCCAAGCUCUGACUCAGGAACUGGUACAUCCCUUCCUCUGUCCCAAGACUAAAGUGUAAUGAAACCCCCUGACUCAGCCCAACUCUAAGGGAGGCUUCUUGGUUGUGAGAGGCAUAAAGUCACUUGGGCUAGCUAAAGAAUAAGGAGUUUAUUGUUAAAAUACAAGUGUAUCGGGGAAUUAUGAGUCUUCCAGAUGUGGGAACUAGCUGGUUUGGAAUUCCAGGCAUCUCUGGGUUUGGCUCUUCUUUCCAUCUCUCAGGAGCCACAUGGACUUUCUGUCCUGUCAUCUCUACUCUCUUCUGAUUUCCAUCUGCUGAGGAAAUCUACAGCCAAGGCCGGGUACAUAAGAGGUGCACAAUAAACUUCAGCUAUGGCUGUGA